AUGGCGGACCCAACACUACAAACAUUUUGUUGUCACCACACGAAUAAAUCGGACAUGGCGUUAAUAAUAAUGCAAGAAUUCAACAGAGACGUGUACAACAUAGUGUGCAUGGUCUCGUCGGUAAUUGGGAUGCUUGGAGCAAUUUAUCAGAUAUUACCUCGAGAAGAUUCAAGUCUCCCUUAUCGUUGGAACAACUCCUUGUCCAGAGGACGAAAUAUCAUUGUGUGGCUUGCUGUUGCAGAUUUCUUAGCAUCUUUAGGUGUAUGUGUGAGAUCAGCAUUAUGGAUGCGUUACAAGUCUAUCAUGCCAAUGGAGAAUGACACUUCCAGUGUUGUUUUUUGUGCUAUGUCGUCGGCGUGGAUUCAAUAUUUUUACAUGGCCACGUGGAUAUGGACAUUGUGUUAUGCUGUGGAUAUGAAGUUACUGUUGGGUAACAAAAGUGGUUGUCCUGCAUAUUAUCAUGCUGUAGCCUGGAUACUGCCAGCCAUUCUCACUACAUUUGGACUAAUUAUGUUAUACAUUCCAGAUGCAAAUUGUCACAACUCAACGACGUUAUCCACUGCCGUGCUGCGUAUUCUUCCAAAUUAUUGUGCCACAUAUGUGUUAAUUGCAGUGGUUAUGAUUGUAAAUCCUAUCAUGUACAUCGCAUCAACUCGGGAUCUCGAGACGGUAGUUAUGCACAGUAUGGGCCAGAUGACCGGCAGAGAGCGGAAGUUACUGCAAACAAUUCGAUUAAAAUUCGCUCUCACCAAUCUAGUCUAUUACAUGUGCUGGACGCCAAAUCUAAUCAACGGAAUAUUAUUGUGGACUUUAUGGUUCCAGCUACCGAUUAAGGCGAUUAUCAUUCUGUGGUACAUAAUGGCUGUGACGAAUCCGCUUCAAGCAUUCUUCAACGCGCUUGUCUAUCAAAGAUGGACUAGAAGAGAGAAACUUCGUUUGGAUUGUUGUCAAGACGUUGGAAGCACGAGUAGAAGUCGACAGAGUAAGAGAGAUACGAGUAUGCAUUUCUCCGAGUCGUCUCCAUUACUGAAUCCAAAAACAGAACGUGUGCGGAAUACACCACAUAUUAGUAUAAAUGGGUCAUCCUCUCUCUAAAGAGAAAGGAGGAAUUGUUACCAAUUGUUUAAUAAUUCGUUUUGUAAAUAAAGUAUAUAAAAUCAUUCUUGUAUACGAUGUCACACAUUCAAAGAUUUUUAUCUUACCAAAUAAAAAAAUUGGAUUAUUUUAAUA